AUGCUGACCGCCUUGUUUCUGUCUGCCCUGGCCUGGAGCCGAAUGGCAAAUGCCCAUGGAACCAUCACCAGAGUGGUUGGCGCAAAUGGUGUUGUUAUGCCCGGGCUUACCAUCCUUGAUGGAACACCCCGGUCUUCAACCUCUGCUGCUUCCGGAGCCCAGGUUGAUACCAGCGUAAUCCGUGACCCCGAACUUGCUACUAGCAAGGCCUCUGCACUUGGUCGAACUAGUAAAGGCCCAGUUGACGGCACCCGCGUCAUCGAGGCGUUCAUGAAUGGUCUCAAGGGCCGGUCCCUUGCUGACACUAUCCUUGGGGGAGGUGAAGAAGCGACGAGAGAAGCCGUAUCCUUUGUUACCGGUAACGCUGGAGCAGUUGUAAAUGGCGUGCAAGACGGGAUUGAAAGCUCCCCAGUUGGUGGCUUGGCCCUAGGAGCUGAGCAUGGAGUCAAUGGCCUUUUGGAUGACUUCUUCCAAACCGCAAAAGGCGUGCCCUCUCCUCGUGGAUACAUCGAAGACGGCGUCCAGAAUUCUACUGGAGUUGGCGCUAAGUCCGGGCUGCCUACCACUGCAUCCGACGGAACUCUCAAGCUCAUCUACCAUCAGGUCAACGAGGACGGUGCUGGUCCCUUGCUAGUAGACAUAGACUUCACUUCAGGAGGGACUGACCCGAAAGCUUUUAAGUCCGCUGAAGUGGUUCAGAACAUUAUUGGCGUAUUAGGCUUUUCGACGGUAAGCUCGACUGACUUUCCGGUCGUUGUGAAAGUGCCUACUGGAAAGGUUUGCACUGGGAAGGUAGCUGGAGUUUCUGGGGUUUGUAUUGUAAGGGUACGAAACAGUGCUACUGCUGGUCCCUUUGGAGGCGCCGGUGCAUUCACUCAUAACCCAGAGGCUGUGAAGGGGAAGAAGACCAGCGCCAAGUUCCGCCACCGUCAUGUCUAA